AUGCUUGCUGUAGCGCAAGAUAUGAAAAAAGGCGGAAAGAAAGCUGAAAAGACCGAAGAAUGGCGCAGCCUCAGUGUAGAAGAACGUCUAAAAUAUGCGCUAGUCAAGGGUAUCGAUAGCCAUGUUGUGGAGGAUACUGAGGAGGCACGCUGUAUGACAGAUAAGUACCCUAGACCAUUGAAUGUCAUAGAAAGGCCACUUAUGGAUGGUAUGGCUGUGGUUGGAGAAUUGUUUGGUUCGGGUAAAAUGUUCUUACCUCAGGUGAUAAAAUCUGCCCGAGUUAUGAAAAAAGCAGUGGCACAUCUUAUCCCUUUUAUGGAUAAGGAACGUGAGGAAAAUAUCAAGAAAAUGGGCAUACAAGGUGAUGAGGUUGGUUUCUAG